GUCUACCCUGAGGCUUCAGUUGAACUUGUGUGGCCUGUGGGCGUUGUCACAGGCGGAACAGUGAAGUGAGUUGUUGUGUUGUUCAAGGUUGUGUGUUCUGUGAACCUGAUCGUCGUAAUAGGAGGGCUAUGGUCAUACGUAACCGCUUCAGUAUAUAAAGAUUGGUAACGUCUUCGUAUCACAUCAUAAUCCUCUUCACCUCUUACCGUUAACAGAAGAGGCUGCCUGCAGUUCGCGGCAUCAGAAGAAUGGAAAAGAUACAACUGAUUAUCUGGGCUGUGUCGCUAGCAAGCGUCUUGGGUGAGCCCCCCGUGGGACGUCUGUAUCUGCCUCCAGGCCAGCGGCCUUCCAGCCAAUAUGGCGCUCCUGCCUCCGGCCGAUUUGGCGGAGCUGGAGGUCUUUCGUCACAAUACGGCGCUCCUGCGUCCGGCCGAUUUGGAGGCGCUGGAGGUCUUUCGACACAAUAUGGUGCUCCUGCGUCCGGCCGAUUUGGAGGCGCUGGAGGUCUUUCGACACAAUAUGGUGCUCCUGCGUCCGGCCGAUUUGGAGGCGCUGGAGGUCUUUCGACACAAUAUGGUGCUCCUGCGUCCGGCCGAUUUGGAGGCGCUGGAGGUCUUUCGACACAAUAUGGUGCUCCUGCGUCCGGCCGAUUUGGAGGCGCUGGAGGUCUUUCGACACAAUAUGGUGCUCCUGCGUCCGGCCGAUUUGGAGGCGCUGGAGGUCUUUCGACACAAUAUGGUGCUCCUGCGUCCGGCCGAUUUGGAGGCGCUGGAGGUCUUUCGACACAAUAUGGCGCUCCUGCCUCAAGCCGAUUUGGUGGAGCUGGAGGUCUCUCUACACAGUAUGGAGUACCUGCUUCUGGCGGAUUUGGAGGUGCAAGAGGUAUUUCGACACAAUAUGGCGCUCCCGGUUUUGGCAGGGCUGGUAGUCCCAGCUAUAGAUCUGAUGAAGAUGCGUUGUCCGAACCCGCCAACUACGAGUUCUCAUACGAAGUAGAUGAUCCUGCAUCAGGAACCGUAUUCGGCCAUGAGGAAAACCGUCAAAAUGAGGACGCAAGGGGCUCGUACCACGUGCUUCUUCCAGAUGGUCGUCGUCAGGUCGUGGAGUACCAAGCUGAUGUCGAAGGCUAUAAGCCACAGAUCCGCUAUGAGGAAACUGGGGCCGGAGGUUACCAAGCAUCCAGAGCAGCAGGAGGACCCUAUUAAUUGUACACCCGGAGAAGCUUGUGGAACUAAACACUGGAAGUGAUAAUGAAGGAGUGAGAACGACUGGUUCAUGACCUAGGUUUCGAUCAUAAAGCGUAUAUUAAAAAUUGUAUAUUCGUGUUCACUGCAUUGACGCCAGGCAAAUAACCUAGUCCCUUUCUAAUUGUGCAGCACAGGGUACGAAAAAUUUUCUAAUAUUGUUACAGAGUUUAAAAUAUCCGAUUAUUUGUACAUUUACAUAGUAGAGUGUUAAUCUCUUGCGCCAGUGGCUUCGAUACAAUUCUCAAAGAGUACGAAGUCGCCACCAAAAUCAUUCCCCUGGGUGCCCAUUUGCAGUAAACGUCAAUUAGUUAUUACUGAAGAAGUACAACUGUGAGUAACAGAAGGGUGUGAAUUAUCGGUGCCCCAUCUGCUUCUUCUCUGGCUGAUAGAGGCGGCACUUCUCGUGCUGAACGUAUGUUUGAGGUUUCAUAUUUUGUAUAUAUGUUUUAAAAGAAAUAUAUCCUUAUUUUAAACAGUAUGGUAGCUUUGGGUGAUUAUGUUGUAUUUUGUUGGGUGUAAUGUACAAAAUAUAUUUUAUGUGUGAGUAA